ACAGCUCAGCUGAGCUCCAGCUGUCACUCUGAAAGCCCCACAGAAGUCUCAAAGCUGCACAGUUCCCACCUCUUCUGCCUCACUGGUUUUCACAGUUUAAGCUUUUUAUAGUCCUGGAGUAACUUUCAAGGAAGCAUUGGGAUUAAAAAAAGAAACCUAAAAGAAAAGAAGGAGAGGAGUUGUGGGACUGAUACUCAGCCUGAGACUUUAACCAAGCUUCAUAGGAUCAGACACCCAGGAGGACCAUCUGUGCAUCGGAGCAAAGACUCCGCUCACGAAAGAACGCUGCCAUGCCAACUGUAAAAAGCAAAAAGAAGAAGGUGAAAAAGGAGAUCAGCGAAGGAGAGGAGCAAAGAGAAGUUGCUUUGGAGGUGGAGGUGGAGAACAUCACAAACAGGAGCAACUCUGACAGCAGAGACCCUUUGACCCCAGAUUUGCAGGAGCCAGCACCACAGAAGAAGAAGAAAAGGAAGAAGACCUCAACAAUAGGCCAGGAAGCAGAGCGACCUGAGCUACCAAAUGGUAACACCUCAGAUGCAGUGAUGGAGGGGGAAGAAACGAGUGUUGCUGUCACCAGAAAAACAAAAAGGAAGAGGAAGGCAAAAGCCACGGAACACCACAGCCAUGACCUGGAAGCUGAAGAAGAUGACAUUAUUACAGAAUCCCAGUCACCUAUCUCGCCAAAUUCCCUGUUUUCUGCCCCUCAUGGACACAGUCAGCCAUUUGGAAAAGUCUUUGUGGAGAGGAAUCGGCGUUUCCAUGCAGACCGUGUGGAGCAGCUGCGGCACUCAGAGCUUGUAGAUGACUACAUGGACCCCAGACACAUCUGGACCACCAGAGACGUGGCUUUGAAAGUUCACAGCAGCUUUAGGGUCAUCGGUCUGUUCUGUCACGGCUUCCUGGCGGGCUACGCUGUGUGGAACAUUAUUGUUGUGUACGUGCUGGCAGGUGAGCAGAUGACCACACUGGCCAACCUGCUGCAGCAGUACCACUCGCUGGCCUACCCCGCCCAGUCUCUGCUGUACCUGCUGCUGGCCAUCAGCACUGUGUCUGCUUUCGACAGAGUGAACUUGGCCAAAACUUCCAUGGCCCUGAGAGGCUUCCUCACCCUUGACCCUGUUGCCCUGGCUUCAUUCUUGUAUUUUAUAGCUCUGAUUUUGUCGCUGAGCCAGCAGAUGACCAGUGAUCGCAUUAACCUCUAUCUUACCGCCAACGAGACUCUCUGGCCUCCUGGGUCAGAGCAGCAGAUCCUGCGGCCCUGGAUUGCAGUGAACCUGGUGGUGGCGCUCUUGGUGGGUGUGGCCUGGGCUGUCAUCUCCACUCGGCCCGACAUUGAUUAUACAGAAGAGUUUUUAAUGACAAUGGAGGUGGAGGGAUACCCCAGAGGAGAGGAAAACCAGGAUAUUCCUGCUUAAAACCUGUUUUUUCCAGCAAGUCUACAUGUCUUUUCAUAAUCCCAUGAAGUGUUAUUGUUCAAAAAAUGUUUUUUUUUACUAUACCAAACAUUUAAAAGCUGCAUACCAGAGGUGUUUUUGUAAAAUAAAAAAAAUAAAAAUAU